CUGUGCUUCUCUUCCCCUUCUCUCCUACGUCUAACAACCGCAUCUUCGAAUCAAGCAACAACAUUUCCAGCCACACUUGGAGCAUCAAAGACAGAAAGGACAAUGACGAUGAGAUCAUUUGGUGCAGAGCUUGUCUUCGCUCAUCCAACUACCGAAUUGGGUGAAACCGUUAAGAACGCUUAUGAACUCCUUUAGACUACCCUUUUGAUGCCUUUAUGUUGCAAAAGUUUGCAAUUAGACUGCUGGAAAUGGCAGAUAAUAAAAGCAACGUCAUAGUGGUAAGAGAGGAACAAAUGCUUAUUAGAUUUUGUUUUCAUCUGUACGUAGAUAUCUAAAUCUAUUUUUAGCUUUCGACUUUGGAUGAUUUGACAUUUUUU